AUGGCGGAAUAUAUGUCAGAAAGAGAACUGAGAAAAAUUGAAAGAAAUAGGAGAAAGGAGGAAGAUAGAUUAAAAAGACAAAAUGCAAGAACACUAGAAAAGGAGGAAAAACGUAAGCGUGAGCAAAGUGAACAUGAUAAAAAGGAGAGAGAACAACUUGAACUACAAAAGCAGAGAGAAAGGUUAAUACAUGAACGGCGUAAACUUAAAGAGAAAAGCAAGCUGCUAUAUGAAAUGGAGAAAGGAAUGAAAGAAAGAGAAAGGGUAGAUAAAGAUAUAAGACAGAAGUCUAAAGAUAUUAAGAAAGAUUUUGAAAGUGAUACAAGUGAAACAGAGGAAGAGUUUAAAGAAUUAGAACAAGUUGAUAGUGAUCAUAAUAGUAGUAUAGAAAGAAAAGAAAGAAGUGAUAAAAUCAGAAAGUAUACAAGUUCAAGUAAGGAAAACCUAAGAUUGAAAGAAAGUGAAAUUACACAAAGCAAUAGAGCUGAACGUAAAGAUAGUUCAGAUAGUGAAUAUUCAGAUUUAGAUAAAUCAACGGAAUUACAGGCAAAUGCUAGACAGACAUUUAGUGAAGAAAGAAUGAAGAAAAGGAAAGGUUCAGUUCUGAAUAUGAAAGAUGAAAUGAGCUUCAAGAAUGAAAACCCACUAUCAAGUGAUAGUCUAGAAGAUAAAGAAAGUGAAAUAGAAUUAGAUUCAGAACAAUCUGAAAGUGAUGCCUCGGAAGAUGCAUACACAACAGUGGAUCAAAUAUAUGAUGUAGAUUAUAUUGAAAAUCCGAGACAUAAUAGUACAGAGAUAGAAACUGAAGAAAACAAAAAUGUGAAUUUUGAGAAUGAAAUGAGAUGGCUUGAUGAAAAAUGGCAGCAAUAUCAAUGUGAAAAUGCUGAAUUGAAAUCUAGUAUAGAUAAACUUAGAAAUACAGAGACAGAAAAAGAAAAUAUAAAACGAGAUAGAAACAAACAUUUAAAGUAUACGGCUGCAGAAGAUAUGUUGAAAGAGAAAAUAAAACAUUCGUGA